AAGGCCGGAAACACAUGCUGGCGCGCUGCUGGCGAUGUUGUUCUCAUGUGCGACAUGUAGCUAGAAAACGGUAGUUAUUUGUGUGUUUUUUCUUUAAAUAAAACAUUUGUUUAAAAGAAAGAGAAAAACAGAAAAUGGCGACAACAGUGGCAACGCCUGUCACACCCACAGAGCUCGACCCUGACCGGUGUGGGAGCGAGGAGGAGAGCCGCGGGGCCGAGGCGGAGGAGGAGAGCAGCCAGCAGCAGACAGGCCCCGCUGCCGCCGUGAGCCACAGCCGACUGUCCAAACUCCCGCUGGCCCGUAUUAAGGCGCUGAUGAAGACAGACCCAGACGUGUCCCUCGCCAGCCAGGAGUCUGUUUUUAUCAUCGCUAAAGCCACGGAGUUGUUUGUGGAGAUGAUUGCCAAAGAUGCUCUGGUGUAUGCCCAGCAAGGGAAGAGGAAAACUUUGCAAAGAAAAGACCUGGACAAUGCAAUAGAGGCUAUAGAUGAAUUUGCAUUUCUUGAAGGCACUCUAGAUUAAAGACUGUUUCAAGAGACCAGUCAGAACAUUGAUUCUCCGCAACCAUCCAAAAAACUUUCCAUCACAGGGACAAUUUAUUGUGGAAACCUUUCUGGUACUUUUCUAAAUCUAACUCUUUGUCUCUAAGUCAUGUUUGAUGUUUCUAAAUGCUUUUCUACAAUGUGCCAUUAAGAUUUUUCAUACUUACCUUUGAAGACAAAAGUGGUGAUGUGUACAUUAUUUGUAAAUAUUUGUGAAAUACUACUGUACAAUGGGAUCAGUUUAAGUUGUAAACAUCCAGUUUCUGUCAGAAUGAAACAGUCCAUGUUCAUCAAUUUGUCACAACCUGAAUUACUGGUAAGUUUGAGUUUUGCAAGAUAAAUAUUGUCAUAUAUUGUGUGAACAGUGUCAGAAUACAAGUUCACAAGGGCUUGAGAUUUUCCAUCUUUGCAAAAUGAUUCUUAUGGGUGCACUAUUACAUUAAAACAAAGAAAACAAUGCUUUGCACACUCUUAGCCCCAAAAUGACUUUUAUCAAAUAAGGCAAGGUGCCCUGAUGACCUUGUUGUUGAAAUUUAGGACAAAUAAAAUUAUUUUCACAUUGGGA